CCGGACUGAACAUGGCGAGCACCGAGAGGAAAAACAGGGCUUCGGAAAACUUUCCAACACCAGAAGCAACUGUAUCUGAGCAGCCGGGCGCGAGAUGGGGUCCACAGCACGCCGGCGCUCGAGAACUCGCGGAAUUGUACUCGCCAGGAAAAAGAUGUCAGGAAUGGAUCAGUGUGUUACUUUGCUUUACCCUCAUGGCCUUCAACUUCUGUUACCUGGUAACAUACUUCCACCUGGGACACUCCUGGUACAUCCUCUUUAGCAUCGUGGCAGGAAUCCUGACUGCUGACUUUGCCUCUGGUCUGGUCCACUGGGGUGCUGACACAUGGGGAUCAGUAGAUCUGCCCAUCUUUGGGAAGGCCUUCAUUCGGCCAUUUCGAGAGCACCACAUCGAUCCAACAGCUAUAACGCGCCAUGAUUUCAUAGAGACAAAUGGUGAUAAUUGUAUGUUAACCAUCAUCCCUCUGGCUAACAUGGCAGCAAACUUCAUGAUGCUCUCACCAGCGGAGAUCUACAGGAACUACCCGUGGUACUGUUACGUCUUUUCUCUAGCCAUUUUUGUUACAUUGACCAAUCAGAUCCACAAAUGGUCGCACACAUAUUUUGGGCUCCCAAUCUGGGUGACGUUUCUUCAGGACUGUCACAUCAUAUUACCACGGAAACACCACAGAGUUCACCACGUUUCACCUCAUGAAACCUACUUCUGCAUUACCACAGGCUGGUUGAACUAUCCUCUAGAGAAAUUGGGAUUCUGGAGGAACCUAGAAGAUCUCAUCCAGAGCGUGACAGGAGAGAAACCCAGAUCAGAUGACCUUAGAUGGGCCCAAAAAACCAAAUAAUCUUCCUCCGCCACUGACCCACUUCCCCUACCUCAGAGCUGAUAAUAGGAGAACAAUCUUUUUUUUCUCCAUCUAUAGAGAAUUAUGGAAAGUGUAAUGGAAAGAUAUCAUAGCCCAAAUUUGAAAGCCAUCAGCUCUUAGAAACAGAAUUGACAAAGCAAUUGAAAGCAAUAUUUCACCCUGCUCAUCCUUUCUGGGUGCAAAGCAUCCAAAUCCUUGUUGAAAACUUGAGACUUCUGUGGAUUGUUUAAAACUCCUUAAAGUGCAAAAAAACAAAAACAAACGAAAAUUCAAAAGGUCAAUACUUGAACUAUGUGGGCUCUUUUCUGGACAUUUUCUUCUCAUCUUUCACCUGCUCUCAAAGCUUUGCUGACUAGCUGGUCUCUGACUAGCUGGCCUCUGCACUCUUGGGUUUAGCCAUUGGGACUGAUCUUUUUUGCUCUCACCCUCCUCUUGUUUGGGGGUAAACGUAGUGAACUAAUGGCAUUUCAGCUCUUUGCCACAGGGGGCUGAAAACCUGUGUCUUUAUCAGUUGCUUGUGUCCAACUGGACAGCAGCAUCAUAUGCAGUCUUCAGAAUGCCUUAAAAGAUGAUUCACAGGAAAGAAGCUUGCUUUGCCUCAUUACACUUAAACAGAUCUUUUCAUUAUUAAUCAUUUUCUUUUUAAGCACAUUUGCAAAUUCAGAGGUGCUGUAAGCAGUCAGCUCAUUACCAAGAUGCGUUGUUAGAAGUAUUACCUGGUAGGUCAAUUUUUAAGCCAUUAGUGUUUGUGUGAGUGAGCCAUGAGAGCAACGUUAAUGUUCAUGCUGCUUGAUAGUUACAUUUAAAUAAUGAAACCCAAUGAUAUGCAGAAAAGGCCUCUGUGAUAUCACAUGUAUACAUUUUGUAUUAACUUCACCUUAGGAAAAGUAGAUGCGAAUGACAAGCUGAUUGACACUAAUUCACUCUACUGCUGGGUUUUAGGUUUGCAUACAUUGUUACAUAACAUAUGCCCUGUGUAGUUGGCUUGAGGCAAGACAUUUAACUUUCAGUUAAACGCUAGCAUGUUAAAGGGGUAGUUCACCCAAAAAUGAAAAUUCUAUAUUGAUCAUAAAAAAAUUAGAAUUCUAGAAUUAGUCACCAUUCACUUUCAUUUUAUGCAAAAUAUUAUGCAAUGAAAGUGAGUGAUUGCUGAUGCCAACAUUCUGCCUAACCUUUCCUUAAGUUAGUCAUACAGGUUUAGAACAAUAUAAGGGUGAGUAAAUGAUGACAGAUUUUGCAAUUUUUAAUAAUAGUUUGAAAUGCUAGAGGCAGUUAUUGAAAAAGUCAGACCUUUCACCUACUAACUGCUUAAAAUUAAUUAACACAUUUUUCAUUAUAAAGCUAUAAUGACAAUGGACUAGCAAAAGGCUAUUUUACUUGAUUAAUCAUAUUUUUCAGUUAUAAGAAUAAAGUAUGUGGUUACCAUUGUAACACAAUUCUUUUAUAAAGAGUGAGGAGGAAAUGAGUGAGGCUCUGCACUUUGAGAACAUGGUUGUGCCAUUUAAAUGUUUUUUUUUUUUUUUUUUACAGUUUUGAAUUGGUUACUUUGUUUCUUACAGAAUGUUAUAUGAUUAAAUGUUACACUGUGUGUACACCAAAUUAUUUUAUCAGUGAAACAUUUUCUGAUCUUAUCCCCCAAAGCUGUAAAAAACAAAUAAAAAACCCUCCAAAAAAACAACUAAAGCUAGAGUUUAUUAGGCUCUCUGCUUGUGUGCAUUUUCAUGCCAAAAAUGGAAAACCCUGUUACUGUCCGCAGCAAUGUGGUGAUUUGUUUCAAUAAGUCAAUGAUAGGUCAGUAUGGUGAUAGGGAAUGUUUAGAUACGUAGGUCAGCUCCUCAGAAGGUUAGAGAAAGUGUUUUAGAGAGCAUAUUCUUUUGUCAGAGUUGAUUAACUGUUACAAUGUAGUCAGCCAGAACUGUUAAAAAAAGAACACGAGAACAUGAAGAGUUUUGAGUUAAUUCAUAAUGUGUCAUGUGUUGUUAUUUUCUUUUCCUAAUUCAGGAAGCUUUCUUCAGUGGAAUAUUGUAGUAUUUUUGACAGUUGACUAACAGCUUAUAUAUUUCUAUGCUAAUAUGAGAUGCCAAAUAUAUUUUUGCUCAGCUAAUAAUAGAUCUGUUGUGGUGUGUUUGGUGAUAAGACUCUCCUGGAAAUUUUCACUGUACAGCGAACUGGAGCUUAAACCGAUUACUUUGAUUUUGCAGACUGUUUAAUUUUUUUCCAAAGGGUUCCAUUUAAUUCUGAUUGUUACAUUCGUUUUAUUUUGACAUCAUUAUUUUCUCCUACAUUCUACACGUGUGGAGGAUCAUAUGUUUCAUAUCUUUACAUAAAUGUGUUGAAAAUGUGAUACACUGAUAAUGGACUUCACCAGCUUUAACACAUUUUUGAGCUUUCCUAAUUGUUUAAAAUGCUGUAAGGGGUGGGACAACCUUUGUGAUGUGAUAAAGCAGUGAACCAUUGUGUUCUUCAGUUAUGGACAAAAAUGUUUGCCAAACUCUAGCCAAUGGAUAUAAAGCCCAUAAAAAUUAUGAUUUUGCUUAAGAAAUGUUAGAUCUUUGUGCAAUGUGUAAGGAAGACUGAUUUUGUUGUUAUUGGGCGAUUGUAUUAUUGAAUAUGCAAGUUUAGAGUGCUAAAGUUAAUUUCUCUGAGAAUCCUUCCUUUCCAUGCACAGUACAGCAACAUAUAACUGCCCAUGUGGAUGUGAGGAUAUUGAACUAAUCACAUUGUACUUGCUCAAAAAUAUUGUAUUUUCCUUCAAUAACAGACGAAGCCAAUUCCUUUGAGUGAAUGUGCUGCAGUUAUUAUUGGGUAAUUUGAUUGAUGACCUUUGGCAUUAACACUUGUUGCUGACUGUUUGUCCUUAUAGAUUUAUUGGUAGAAGCUUUUUAAAAACACUGUCUCACAUUGUGUAAACUCUGUUAAAUUUUUAUAGGAUGGCUACUUGUGUGUGUGUGUGUGUGUGUGUAUAUAUAUAUAUAUAUAUAUAUAUAUAUAUAUAUA